AUGUCCGCCUCGUUACAACUUGUGGCUAAGAUUCUUCCUGCUUCCCAGAAAGCUACCAUUGCUCUGGCGCUUGCGGAUGAUCUUGAAAAUCCCACAAAUUCGUCUGCUUUGGGAGAGCUCAUCAGUGAAAUUGAUGAUGAAACACUGAAAAGUAUAAUUCCGCAAUUGAAAGCUUACUGUUUGGACGUGAUCUGCAGUGGUGAUGCCCAAAAAAUUGAAUGUGCCAUCAAAUUUGCAAACUUUUCGGAAGAAAUUCGUUAUGCAAUUCUCGAACAAGUCUUGGUGCUCUUGAGGGCUUCUCUUGAAGGAAUCUAUGUUCUCAAUACCACCAAAAUGGCAUCUUCUCAGGAAGCUUUGGAGAAGGACGAGAUGUUGAAUCUCAUGACUUUCUUAUCGUCUUUUUAUGUCAAUGUUGAUCUCCUGGAAUGCCCUUUGGCCGAUAACGUGGACCUGAUCUUCCUUCUUUUCUUGGGCCAUGUAGAAGACGAAAUCUCUAGCCAGUGCUCUAAAGUAGUUCGCUGGAGGAUUGAAUCGCUCGUUCAGCGUGCAAUUCGUGAUGAGUCAUUUGCAAAGUACUUGUGGGGUACAAUUUUCGAUCUUUUAAAACCAUUGGGUACCAAACAGCAUGCCCACAAUUCUUUUAUUUUGUGGCUUCGGAUCCUCAGUGCCAAAAAUGCCCACUUCCGUGACAAUACUUUCUUUCAACAUUCCAUAGUAUGCCAAAACAGUUAUUGGAAGACCCUUCAAGACGGUCUUGCUGGUGCCUCGCAUGAAAUCAGAAAAUUCUGUUUAUCAAUCCUUCAACUUUCAUUGAAAUUUCUCAACCACUCGUUUGAAACAGAGGUGUUGCGCUGGAAUGUCGAUGAAGAAGAGGAGGGAUUGGAAGAGUGGAGCACUUACACUACUCUUUUUGAGAUUGUCGGUAUCGAUACGUCAUUGCAUCAAACUCAAGGUGCCGAAAACGAGAUUCUUGAACUUUUCACUCCAGAGUCCCGUAUCCAUCCUUCUUGGGGAUUCUGUCUUCUCUGCACUGGUUUCCAAUCAUCCAUGGAUUCUGUGAGAAAGUUUUCCGCUCAACUUCUUUUAUCGAUCAAGUCCGAAAACUUGUACCUUUUCAAAUAUGGCUUACCUUUCUUGAAGGGAACUUUCCUUCCUUAUAUGCUUCAAUCGUCGCAUUUUACUGUCAGACCUAAAGGCCCAUUUACCAAUGAAUUGGCAUGUCAGUAUGGUGAGAAGGUGGCUGAAUUUUUGGCCAAUUUGUUCCGCAGUUUAACUUCUCCUGAAGAGUUUGAAACUGUUAGCUCAUCGAUUUUAGACGUGCUUGUCAGUUUGAGGGAAACUUUUGACGCUGUCAAGAUUUAUACUGCUUUGGGAAUAGUAACGGGCCUUGCUGGUAAGAAUGCCUUACGGUAUGGUGUCCAUGAUGCUUCCGUGGUCAAACUAUUUGACAACUUCUCUGAGGGAGAACUCUUCAAACGAACUUUGCAGUCACUUGUUUUGAAGAUGAUCAUGUGCUUUAAGCUUGACCAUCUUUCUCAGUUUUCCGAUCUCCUCUCAAGGUUCGUGAGCUUCAAUGGACAUAAGUUAAUGGUGGACAACGCUAGACUGCUCUGGGACUACUUGCAACUGUCAAAGUAUCAUGCACGCGAUAUUGUGGACUACCUUAAGUCAUCGGGUGUGUCUUCUAACUCGCCACUCUUUUAUCUUCUCCUCAAGAUGUAUGCUUCCAACGAUAGUAUCCUAACACUUUUGGAAAAGGCUGAUAAGUCAUGCAUGCUUACAUUGGCGCAAUAUGGGGUUGAAGUCUCUGAGUUUUCUGUACUCACUAUCCAAUUGCAACAGACCAUUGAGAAUGCGCUUCAAGGCGAGGAAGACUCUGACGUUUACAGGCUCUUGGCUGUUAUUCAACCGCAAAAUCUUCAAUUACCUGAAAAGUUCAGUAUAAAAGACCUCUGGGCUCUGAUCUGUACUAACUUUCAAGCCGAGGAGUUUGAGGAGCUUCAGUUGGCUGUCAGUAAGGCCCGUUUUGUCAACAAUAUUGCAUUAAUUUCUUCGGACUACAUUAAUGUUGAAGAUUUGUCUGGCUUAUACGAAGUCAUGUUCCUGAAUUCUGAUGGUUUAAAGUCACGUAAUGAUUACUAUAAGUUGAAAGAGGAUGCUUUUAGUCAGCUCCAUGCUUACUUGAAGAAUUUUGUACAGAGAGUACCAGAGGAUGCCAAUGCAAUGGAACUUGUACCCUUGCUUCAUUUGGGGACAACAAAUGCUGAUACUUUAUUGGCAAUUGUUGAAAUAGCUACCCUUUUGCUCAAGGAGGAUAAAUGUGAUGAUGCUAGCCUUAUCGCCAUCAUUUUUGGUCUUUGCGAAUCAUGGGAGGAGCUUUGCAACGAAAGACUCAAGUUAUCCGACAAGGAGAUGCAUUGGGCUUUGAUUGAUAUGAUUUUCCAUCCUAAGGUUCUUGAUAAAGCACGCGAAGAGGAGUUUGUCAACGAUGCACUUUCUGCCUUUGCUCAGUCCAUCAUUGAAAGCUCCUUUGGCAGACGUGGUCUAGUUCCUAGAAUGAUCAAACGAAUUUCAGACUAUCAAGUGUUACGUCCUGAGGCAUUCGAAGAGAUUGAGUUUAUUCCUAGUAUUCUUGUUCGUACAGCAUGUCAUCGCCAGGUCUCCUCUCAUGCAUUUAAGAUGGAAGUGGUCAUGGGUGAUCUUUACGACAGCAAGAUUUCGCCAUUUAAGUCCAAUAUUUACGAAGAGCUUUAUGGUCCAGAGGAGAUCCUGGGCAAGGUUUGGCUUUUUGCUAUACUCAACUCCAUCAAGACUGAGAAGUUCGCUCUUUCGGUCAUAAACGCCAUCUUAGACGAGGAAGACACUUUCCGCAUGGUCAACAUUACGAAGCAAACGGAUGGCGGCGAGGAGUAUGUUAGAUGUCAGUUGGCCAAGGUGAUUCUUUCUGUUGUUGAUAGGAUAUCUGUACAGAGUUUGGGUUUCGAGCUAUUCGAUCAGUUCAAUUACUUCAUCGAGAAUGACCCAAGUCCACUUGUUAGAAUUUACUUCGAGUGGAUCAUAGCACUUCAGCUACUCAGGGAUCAUAACAAGGCAGAAAUCUACUUCCAGAAGGUGGCGGACUCAUUAGAGUCACAUGAAAUCAAGCCAACUGUUGUGACAAUUUACGAAAGAAUCUUGUAUUUGAUGAUACAAUCACUUGAUGAGAAACUUGAAGUGGAAUUGUUGACUCGACUUUUGACAAUAAUCAUUCCUGCUGCCUCCACGAACAAGGCUAUUACUCGUCACUUUUCGAUGUCAUUGGCUACUUCUGUCCACGAAGAAAUUGCUAGAAAGAAAUUGCCUUUGAAUGACAAGCUCGUUGCUUUAGUGGAAAACAUGUACAAAAGUGCUGUCGCAUCUAGUGCUUUUGGCCAAUACAGAAGUGGAGAUGCCUUGUUGUGGGACAUCGUUCAUGAUUUAGAUUUGGUCAGCAUUUCUGGUGGCCUCUUAUUAAGACUCAGUGACAGGGAAGUCGAGUUCAUAACCAGUGAGCAGUUCAACAGACACUUGACGGAAGAGCAGAAGUCGAUCUUGAACCAUCCAGUUGGUGCAGACCGUGUUGAAUUAUGGGUUUCAAAGAUCAAGGCUGACCAGCAACAAAAGAAGGAUUUCCAGGAAGCCAGCUCUACUGCGCAAAUGCCCUUACAAACAAAGAGUCAUGCUUGGAGCACUGUAAUGGAUGUCAAUGAAAAUACGAAUGGAAACGAUGUGAAACGCAGUGAUCUCAUUGUUGUUGCGUCCCUAGUCACCAAAGCACCAAAUCUUGGUGGUAUUUGCAGACUUUGUGAUGUCUUAGGUGCUGGACUCAUGACUGUGUUUGACAUGAAAAUGACGAAGAAUCCUACAUUCAAGAACGUGGCUGUCACAGCUGAUUUUUGGAUGCCUAUGAAGGAGGUUCUUCCAUGGGAUAUUCGUGACUUCUUACGGGCUAAGAAAGUUGAAGGAUACACAUUGAUUGGGCUUGAACAGACAGAUAAAUCGGUUGUCUUGAAUGGCGACCUCCAAUUCCCCAAGAAGUCGUUGAUUCUUCUCGGUAGAGAAAAAGAAGGAAUCCCUGGUGAGCUUUUAGCUGAGUUAGAUCUUUGUGUGGAGAUCAAGCAGGUUGGAGUGGUCAGGUCCAUGAAUAUUCAAACGGCUACAGCAGUUAUUUGCCACGCAUACUCGCUGCAGCAUUGUUAA